AUGAAUGUGCCCGACAAGGACCACACUGAGGCAUGUCCCAACUACCUCCUCAACCUGAGCGACAAGGAUGUUGGAAUUCUGUCAACCCCGGACUCUCAAUACGAGAUUCAGACUUGGGAUCAGGUCUGCCAGUUCGUCGAUCAGAUGACACUGGCCCAUUUCCAACGACUUCCAUCCGAUCUACGGCGAUACAGGGCUUACAUGCAUCAGUUAAUAGAGAGGUAUGGAAGUGUCACCAACUUCAUGCUACGGGAACGAUUGCGUUGGAAGGAACCGGUCAAACCCAAAGGUGACCCUUUCGAGUAUCAAGAGGAUUAUAAAAUCCUGCACAACGACUGGCCAUACGGCAUUGACAAUCGUAUCGUCCAUCUUGUCGUCUGGACAAAGUUUGUAUUCCAGGAUGACCCCGCGACUGGCAGGCUCAACUCGGAGGGCCAGGAGCAGAUUGGGAAAUUUGUAUAUGAAACUUUCUCUCGACAUCUAAAAGAGGGACACGUGAGAUGGUUCAGGAACUGGACAAGUUUGAAAUCGGUUCACUCGGUUGAGCACAUCCACAUUAUGCUAUUCGACCCUGAUCCGGACUUCGUUCGACAAGUAACGAGCGGGGACUUGCCAUUGACUCCUAGGUCGGAUGCUUGA